AACCCCACACUCCCCUCCAAUUCAAUGGCUCUAUCCCUCACUCUCUCUCUCUCUCACUCUCUCUCUCUCUCUAAAGAGCCCACCCCACUCCACUCUGCAACACCUGCAGCAUUUAACUCUCCUCAAACUCAUUUUCCGAAGAACCAUUCUCAGCAACUCUAAACUCCAUUUCCAAGAAGCCCCAAAUCUCUGAAACUCCAAACCAUCUCAGGUUUCAGUCCCCUCUAACUCCAACUCCCAACCACAUUGGCAAUAAACCCCAUCUCUGCCACUUUGCAACAAAGUCUAUAAAGCUUCAAACUUUGCAGCUUCAAGCUCCAUUUCUGAGAACCUCAUCUGUGAAACUCAAUCAAAGCCUCCAAAGUUUCUCUAGAGCUUCAAAUCCCUUUCUGAGAACCCGAGUCUCUGUAACUCCAUUGAAGUCUCCAAAUCUUGCCUUACGUGCAGCUCCAAACUUCAUUUUUAAGACACCCUAUAUCUGAGAGUCAAGGAAAGCUCCCCUCUCUAAAUCAUCAAUACCAUUUCUUACCCAGAGCUUCCUUCUCUGCAACUUCAAAUACGUUUCCAACCCCUCUGUCCCUCUCUAAAGCUUCGGUUUCACAAAUCCAAGCACAUUUCUAAGAAUCUGCAUUCUUGGCAACUCGAAAGCUUCUCUCUACAAACCCAUUUCCAUUCUGAAAAGCCCAUCUCACUAACGACACGAAAGCAUCCGAAACUUGUCUCAGCAGCUCCAGAUCCAUUUCCAAAGAAAACCCCCCAUCUCUGAAAUCCCCAUUCCUUACUCAAUCAGUGCCUCAACAAUGUCAUCUCUUCACGGAAACGGCCAUGGCCCUUCUCUUUUCAGCAGAGAGCAAUGGAGCUCGUCAUCAAAGAGGUGGAGCAGGAAAGCAGCCUCAACAGAGCAAAAAACACUGGACCACAUGCACGGGCUUUUGCAACAACUGAACCAGAGGGAGCCAUUGAUGAGAAGAAGAGUGAUGGUGGUUGUGGAUUCAUCAAGCUCUUCAAGGCAUGCAGUUAUGUGGGCUCUUACUCAUAUUGCUAAUAAAGGUGAUCUUGUCACUCUAUUCCAGGUCAUAGAGCCAGGACAUAGAGCUGCUUCCACCGAGGUUCCUUCUGAUCUUGCUCGCUCACUUGGUGCUCUAUGCAAGGCCUGCAAAUCUGAGGUUGAUGUGGAGGCUCUAGUAAUCCAAGGACCCAGAUCCUCCACUGUGAUCAGUCAGGUCAAGAAGCUUGAAGCCUCUGUUCUGGUCUUAGGCCAGAAGAAGCCCUCCCCACUAGGCUGCAUGUUCAGGAACAGCCAUGAAGAGUUUGUGGACCAGUGCAUCAACAACACUGAUUGCCUUACACUUGCUGUUAGGAAACAGAGCAAAGGCAUUGGGGGUUACCUAAUCACAAGCAGAUGGCAAAAGAAUUUCUGGCUUCUUGCUUAAUCAUGGACAACUCAGGCUAAGUGGUAGUUUGGCUAACUAAUCAUGAGUCUCUUGAAUCUGGAGAAUUCAGAAAGAGUUGUAACCUCAAAUGGGGCCAUCAAUUCAGUCCAAAUUAAUUCAGAUGAAAGAACUUCUGAUAUUGACCAAUGUAAAAAUUUCCAUUCGGAAUUAGAAUAAGAUGGGUUCCUCUCUGAUCUUUA